GUGAAAGUAGCCCCGGCUCACAGUCCGGAGAUGUCUGAACUACAUGAAGUUCAAAUCACAGAGGACAAUCCUCUUCUCCAAGACCCUCUGAAGGCAGCUGAACUUGCUGCAAAAUUACUGCAAGUGCAGGAGCAGAAGCACUCUAUUGAGACUCCCUAUGGGGUGGUGACAGUCACGAUUCAGGGCACCCCAAAACCCAAGAGGCCUGCGAUUGUAACAUUCCAUGAUGUGGGGAUGGACCAUAAGAUGUGCUUUGAUACACUGUUUAAGUAUGAGGAUAUGUGUGAGAUUGUGAAGAAUUUUGUAGUUUGCCACAUUGAUGCUCCGGGACAGGAAGAUGGUGCUACAAUCUAUCCUCCGGGGUAUCAAUACCCAUCUCUUGAUCAGCUGGCUGAGACCAUCCCAUGUGUGCUGCAGUACCUGAACUUUCCCAGUAUUAUCGGAAUUGGGGUUGGUGCUGGAGCUUAUAUCUUCGCCAAAUACACGCUUUCUCAUGCUAACACAGUGGAAGGUUUAGUCCUCAUUAAUAUCGACCCCAAUGCCAAAGGCUGGAUGGACUGGGCAGCUCAAAAGCUGACAGGGCUAACACAAUCCAUCUCUGAUAAAAUGCUCGGCCAUCUCUUCAGUGCAGAAGAAAUAUCCGGAAAUUCUGAUGUUGUACGCCAGUACAAAGCAUCCAUUUCAAACUCCCCUCUUAUUAGUAAUUACCAGUUAUACUGGAACAGUUACAACAGCCGACGGGACCUGAACUUUGAGCGUGGAGGAGGUGUCACUCUAAAGUGUCCUGUUAUGCUUGUUGUUGGUGAUCAAGCUCCCCAUGAGGAUGCAGUGGUGGAAUGUAACUCAAAACUGGAUCCAACACAGACCUCAUUCCUGAAGAUGGCGGACUCUGGUGGACAACCUCAGAUAACACAGCCUGGAAAAAUGACUGAAGCAUUCAAAUAUUUUGUGCAGGGCAUGGGAUACAUGGCUUCCUCGGUCAUGACUCGUCUGUCGCGCUCUCGCACCGCUUCUCUCUCCAGCGAGGGGAAUCGCUCACGUUCUCGCACCUUGUCCCAGAGCAGCGAGUCGGGGGGAGGACCUCCAGCUCCCCUGGCAGAAGUGACCUGCUGAAGGGCCGUGAACCUGGCGACCUGUGAUCACCCCCUUCCCACACCCUGCCUGACCUCUGUCUGAGGGGAAAGAGCAUUUUAUCUGUCCCGUUGGGGGCGGAGCUAAUAAUGCUAAUUAGUUACACUAAAAACAAACCCAAAAGUCACAUGUGAGAUAACUAGAUGUCUGUUUAUAUUUACUGUUUCCCCCUCCUUUACUUUAGACUGGCUUGCUUACUUUAGAGUUGUCUUUUUCUCUAUCUCCUUCAAUUUUCAAUGUUUUUUUUGUGUAUUUCUUAUUACCUGUCUGCCCUUUUAUACUCUCUGCCAGACAGACUAGCUUGAGACAGCUCCUCACAUGUGACUUUGCCUUUUGCCACUAAAUUGUUCUCCGUAACCUGACUGGCUUCUUUGCUCUCCCUGCCAUGUAUAUAAUAAUAGGUUUAACCUGGGGAUAACAUGACACUUUGUGACCAAGAGAGUUAAUGGGGAAGUCAGAGUUGUGGGGAGGAGGGGAGAGAUGUUAUAGGUACAACCACUGGAAUACUUAUUUUAGGGCAAAUGUUAUGAUUUGAGGUUACUGUAAGCUGGUAACAGAGAGCAGUUCUCAGUUACAAAGAGGUACUAUUAAGCAACUAUGCACAAAUUUGUGCUGUUAUUUUUAAAUAGUUCUCACAUCCUUCAGCUUGCUUUGAUUGGCUCCAUAAUGCAAUCACAGUCCCUGAUGCCACUUACUCAGGGUUACAAACAUGAGUCUUAGGGGGAGGAUUAAAAAGUAUUUGCAGGCUUUUUAAGUAAACAUGUAUGUAAAAUAAAAGCUAGGGUAUGCGGGGGAAAAGGAAAAAGGUGAUAUGGUUUCUUAUCUCCCUAAGUAGGCAGAAAGAAGGUUCAUUGUGGGGUGCUUGCAAACUCAUUACUUCCUAUUAAGCAUCUUCCCAAGUUAUAAGUAAGUUUGAUACUGGUCAACUGGACAUUUAUGUUUGUCAUUUUGUCUCAUUGUUCCUGCGAACACCAUUUGCUGCUUUUGCUCCAUAUUUCUGCUGCUGUGCCAAUGAUAUUGCUCCACUUACAGAUCUUUUUCUUUUACUUCAUACAGUGGAUUCCUAUAAUUCCUCCUGUUCCCUCAUAUAACAUCUGCCCAUAAAGGCUGGAAAUUUGUGUAAACUUUCAUAUGGCCUGUACUUAGAAUUUUUGCCAAUUUAUAUUGUGGCUUCCUGUAACCUCUAUUGCUUCAUGUAAUCAAUUUCCAAAAUCCCAAAGCAAAUAUCCGCAUGUUGUGUUUGUAGAGCUCAUCCUAAAAUUUAUCCCAAGUCCCCGCUGACCCUUAACUGUAGACUCGCCUGUUGCUUGUCAUAAUGUCCCCCAUUCAUCCUGUUGCUUCAUAUAUAAGCUUAAUAACCUCAAUAACAGGCUUGGUUUUAAGGCACCGUAGGUCUAGCAAAAUUAUGUCUAUAACGGAUUCCCUUUACCUAAGUAGAUGCAGCUUUGAGUGCAGUUGUGAGACAGAUCCAGAAUAGUGCUCUGUUCAUAGAGGAACAGCAUCACUUUGGAUAUUUGGAGGGCUCCCUGCAUAUGAUUCAUUUUGUUCUCUUUUAUUUUUCUGUUAGUUAUUUUUUUUUCCUGAAACUGAAAAAUAAAAUGUUAAUUAACAUCAAUCAUUUUGUCAUUUAUGCCUACAAAUUCUUUUGCAGUUCACGCUUCAGUUACUCUUAUAUACUGUACCUAUGAUAGGUGUCGGAUUUUCUCUAACAGUUAAUUCAAAAAAAGAGUACUGAAAAACAGCAAGAACUGAACGUCAAGAGUAUUGUGAGUCAUAUGUAUCUACUGUAUCUAUCUAACAAGUUGUGUGCAGAAUAAAAUCAGUGUUAAAAAAAAAAGUUAACAAAGCUCAAAAAAGCCUUUACUUCCAAACUAGCAGUGUCCUCUUCUUGUUUCACGUCCAGAAGCCAUAUAAUAACUCCGGCACCAACACACUCAGCAGAUUUUGGCAAAUAAACACCAGACUUUGCAUUUUGCAGCAAAAUCCAACAAGUCUGUUCAUGCAGGAGCCAACACAAGGCUUCUGAGGGUGAAACAAGAAGAGGAUCCUGCUAGCAGUGAGGGGCUGAAAUGAUUGCAGCCCUGUCUGGCCCUAGCCUAUACGUUAUGUUUAAUUGCAGAAUAUCUCAUAUGUAUAAUGCUUAUGCAAAUUUUACCAUAGAAUUUGUUGUGAUUUUAACCAGUCAAGAGCUCUGCCUUUUUGUUAUAACCAUUUCUACCUCAAUACACUCCAGAUUUGGUCAUACAUUUUUUAUAUCUACAGUAUAAAAAACCUUUACAAUCAGUUUGUUUGUGGAACAGUUUACCGGCUCUCAUUGUACAGAACAUCAAGGAAUUAUACAGUUGUGUUCAGAAUAAUAGCAGUCUAAAAUCACUAAAAAAAAGUGAAUAAAGCUCAAAAAAGCCUUUAUUUCCAAACACACAAAUGCAUUGGGAACACUGCACAUUCUAUUUCAAAUAAAAACAUAAAGAAAAA